AUGCCGUCAGCUGAGGCCAUGGCCCUGGCAGGCGUCACCGCAAUCUAUCUCUUCCUCCGCUUCAUGCUCUACUUGACCCAGGAUGCUAGAGAACCACCCGCCAUUCUGACGAGCGUGCCCUUCUUCGAGCCAAUUGUUGGCAUGUUCAGGGAGAAAUCACAUUUUCACCUUCGACUUAGGGAUACAUACAGGCUCCCAAUUUAUACUCUCCGCUUGCCAUUCUCGCGGAUGUACGUUGUGAACGCCACAGAGCUCAUCCCGGCCCUACAGAAACAAUGGCGCACCGUCAGCUUCGCGGCUCUUGCUGCAGAUGCCGGACAUGUCGUUGGUCUAAGCAAGGAGGGAAACGAAAUUCUGCACAGGGAUUUGACCAGCGAGCAUGGCUUUAGCCCUAGCUGGCCCAAGUAUAUCAUGUCCGCAAUGGGCCCUGGCAAGGAUCUUGAUUCAAUCAACAGGGCGUCGGUAGAGGUAUUUGCCGAAGAUAUGGAUAAACUGAGGGCAAAUGGGACUACCAAAACUGGUCUGUGGGAGUGGGCACGAGAGAUCAUGGUUAAGUCUACGACAGAGGCCGUUUGGGGACCAGAGAAUCCUUAUCGUGACACGGCGGUCGCUGAAGCAUGGAAGACGUUUGAAGCAGGCUUCUUGACUCUGUCUGUCUUUCCCCUGGCUUCUCUCUUUUUUCCCAAGCUCUAUCGCGCACGCGAGUUGGCAGCUGCAGCCAUGAUCGGUUACGUGCGGAAGGGCGGAUACAAGACAGCGUCCGGGCUUGUACGCAAGCGUUAUGAGCAUCAUGUAGAGCAGUUUGGACUCGGGCUGGACGACUUUGCCCGCGGGGAGCUGGGGAAUACAUUCGCCGUGCUCGGCAACUCGACGCCGUGUGCACUAUGGGUGCUUUUCCACAUCUUCUCCGAUGACCGAGUACUGACUGAUAUCCGGAGCGAGGUAUCGGCUAUGGUAAAAGAGCAAGAUGGUGUCAAUUGUAUUGACUUGGCCACCAUCCGGACAUCCUGUCCCAUUCUCUUGAGCACCUUCCAGGAAACCCUGCGCUUCCGUGCAGUCAACUCUGGGCCGCGUGUGGUCCUCGAGGAAGUCCUCCUCAACGAUCGCAUUCUUCUCAAAAAGGGGAGCAUGCUUAUGAUUCCAGCCCCUGUACAGCACAUGGAUACCGAAGCCUGGGGUAGCGAUGCCAACCAAUUCGAUCAUACGCGUUUUGUUCACAAGCCAGGCCAGAAGAAACCCAAUCGGACGGCAUUUCGGGCUUUUGGAGGUGGUCAUGUCCUCUGUCCUGGCCGUCAUUUUGCAAGCACCGAGAUCAUGGCUCUUGCUGCACUGUUGGUGCUUCAGUUCGAUGUUGUGCCAGUCGGGGGCGAAUGGAUUGAGCCCACGUGGAAGAACUCGCCAAUUCAGGCUGGCUUUCCUAUUCCAGAUGAGGAUAUCGACGUUGAGCUUCGGCCCAGAGAUUCAGGAAAAAAGUGGCUGGUCACUUUCACGGGAUCGGACGAAGCUAUGGGUAUUGUUUCCGAGGACAUCGAGCCUUUGUCAGGUACCUAA